AUGGCGUCGAUGCAGAAGCGGCUACAAAAGGAGUUAUUAGCCCUGCAAAAUGAUCCACCACCAGGGAUGACGCUGAAUGAAAAAAGUGUACAAAACACCAUAACACAGUGGAUCGUAGAUAUGGAGGGGGCCCCUGGCACACUGUACGAAGGAGAAAAGUUUCAGCUGCUCUUCAAAUUUAGUAGUAGAUAUCCUUUUGAUUCACCUCAGGUAAUGUUCACAGGGGAAAAUGUACCUGUCCACCCUCAUGUGUAUAGUAACGGUCACAUCUGUCUAUCCAUCCUGACGGAAGAUUGGUCACCAGCCCUCUCAGUGCAAUCCGUUUGUCUUAGCAUUAUUAGCAUGUUGUCCAGCUGCAAAGAAAAGAGACGACCGCCGGACAAUUCCUUUUAUGUAAGAACGUGUAACAAAAAUCCAAAGAAGACAAAAUGGUGGUAUCACGAUGAUACUUGCUAA